AUGGGUGUCUUGAGCUGCAUGAAGUACCUGAUGUUCAUCUUCAACGUGCUGGUGUUUGCUGGGGGGACGUGCCUGGCGGGCGUGGGGGUCUGGGUGGCCGUGGACCCGGCUGGUUUCCAGGACAUCGUGGCUGCCAAGCCUGUGCUGAGCGUGGGUGCCUACCUGCUGCUGGCCGUGGGCAUCGCCCUCUCGCUGCUGGGCUUCCUGGGGUGCUGCGGGGCCCUGCGCCGGAGCCGUCUGCUGCUGCUGGUGUUCUUCAUCCUCGUGAGCCUUGUCUUCAUCACGCAGCUCGUUGCGGGUGUUCUUUUCCUGGUGCACUGGAAACAGAUCCAGCCGGAGCUCUUCCUGUCCGAGCUGCGGAGUAACUACCGUGGGGAUGAGGGUCCUGAGGUCUUCUCCACUGCCUGGAACACGCUCAUGGUCACGGUGAGCAGCUGGGAGGCUCCUGGACCUGAAGACUUUGGGAAUGGCUCCCUCUUCCAGGAGCUGCACCCAGGGGCGCCCUGGCCGCAGGCAUGCUGCGCCCGGGAUGGACUCCUGCAGGCGGGGGAGCUGCUGGGCUGGGAGCAGUGCCGGGAGAGGAGCCCCGGCUACAUCCAUGAGCAGGGCUGCUUCUCCACCUUCGGCAGGACCCUGCAGAAGUACAUCUCUGUACCUGGGACUUGCAGCUUGGCCGUGCUGGGCAUUGAGAUCUUUGCCAUGUUCUUUGCUUUUUGCCUUUAUUACAACUUUGACUGA